UCGUUCUGUACUUAUCUACUGACCUGACAUGGAGCGGCUCGCGACAUGUGCGUGUUCUCAUGCCACUGAUCGUCUUGUACCCGACUAAACAUGACUGAUCAGCUGAGACGACGUUUCCUUGGGUUGACAGUGGCGAGUGUUGUAUCGAUAGUAGUCCUACACUAUCUAAUGAACGCCCAUCGGCGAGAUAGCCUUCCCGAUAAUGGUUGGGAUGAACUGUUUGAAAGGAGCCUCGCCAAUACGUGGUUGGUACUGGUCGGCCGGACAGGGAGCAUGACCAGGCCACUGAAACAGCCGGGUGUUCACAUCGUGUUUGUCGGCAGUUUGGACCUGUCUGGAGACAUACCUUGGUGCCGACCACCAGACUGCAUUUACCUUGGAAUCAGAAAUCAAAGCACCUUCGCAAACAAGAUAACCAGUCACCUUACACCCAGCACCUAUUCAAAGAGACUACUCGGCUAUCUUUAUGCAGUUUCUAAAGGAGCAAAUGUAAUCUACACGAAGUACAUUUACAACCGGAAGGAACACACCCCAAACCGCACUCUGACCAUAGGAAACACGUACACCGUCAUGGAGGUGUUCUUGGAUAGAGAAGUCACAAGCGACAUGAAGCAGGCCUGGACCAAAGGGCAGUCUGACCUGGUGCCUUGGUUCAUGUACCACAAGUACACUCUGCUGUGUCCGGAGAGUUGUGUUCAGGCGUCCUCGCUCAACACAGGCGGCAAGCGGACACAUAAUCCUAUUGGGUUCACCAUGUUGUACUCGUCUAUUGCUUCCUACAAAUACUCAACGUUCUGGGGACUAUUAUUUCACAGUCUAUACGGCGCCUUGGGCAAGAUAUUAAUACAGAGGCUUUUAUCAGAAAUUAGGGGAGGAGAUACUAUUCCGAGAGAUUACACCGAUCUGUUGUUCACAGAAGCCCCGUGGAAACAUGAAGAAAAUAUGAAGGCGCGGAAUUAUUCGUGGGAAGAUCUGACAAAUUUACGUGAUACACUAUUGAAGUGGAAAUGUGAUAAUACGAAGUCGUUUUUCGGCUGUGUGAGAGAUAUUGCCAAUACACUGGUACAUGGCCCAUUAUGGGCUGUGUCUGAUGUGGAACUUGUACACGCAUGGCUGAGUGAUUUGGAAAGUGUUGGCUACAGUGAGCCUCUCAGAAGCCUGCCAGCAGAGGGGAUAAAUACUGCGGGGUCCAAUCUGACACAACGUACACACUCAUCACGAAGACCUGGACAGAUAUCCUUUUCUGAACAGUGCCCUGAUGUUGUUCUUACAAACGCCGAUCCGAUAAUUAAAGAUAUAGGUCUGAUCAUAGCUUUCAACGAGGCAACGUUUUACUAUAAUAUACCUCUUCUUGAAUCAAUGUAUAGAGGUUAUUUCAAACACAUUGUAUACUGCGGGCCUGAAAUUGGUUCAUUCACACAUCACGCAAGUCGCGGUUCGGAUAUUGUUCAUCUUGUGUUUAUUGAGGCUUAUAGCAAGGGAUGGUAUUUCUAUUAUGAGUGCUUAAUGCUGGCGAUGCAACUCAAUUUAGAUGUGAAUGGAUUUAUACAGAUUGGCGAUGAUACAUUAUUGAACCCAUGGAAUGUUGUUGAUCUUCCUCGGAACACGAUAUGGCUUCAUAAAGGAAUGGACAAACUGAACUUGUCGCUUGAUGAGAUCGAACCGGAGUGGCAAUGGUGGACCGAUGAAUACGGCAAACCUGCUAUCUUGGAAACGUUCAAUGAUAUCAAUAGCCUGGGCGCUUCCGGUGAAGCAGACGACAUUUUUCUUUCCUAUAUACAGACAUUUGAAAGAAACUCAGAGAAUUAUAAGUACGUGUUUCGUCAAGGAUGUGAUUUCAUUUACCUGCCCAUGAUCUUCAAGAGGCAGUAUAUACAGAUUGCAUCUGUGUUCCUGAAGCACGAGGUCAUGGUCGAGUUGGCCCAUGCCAAUAUUGUCAUGGGCCUUCAGCCAUCGGCUGACAUCUUGAAGGUCGAAGAUGGCAGUUUGUGGAUGAGAGACCAAAGAACAUUCUCCGUAUUUUUCUACAACAAGACGAAGUUAUUUCUACAUCCAUUCAAACUAGGAACGGUUGAGAAACAUACAACGACUUAUUUUUUCUGUAAUGUCUAUUUUAGAGAGAGUGAAAGGUAUCUGAGACACAGCAUCGGAUUACAAUAGCAAUUUAGAAA